AGCUCCGCGAUUCAGUAACGCUAAUACAGUGUGGGCGGGGUUUCGACGCAUGUUGAUGACGUAUUUGUUGUGUCGCCUCGUUUCCUUUCUUUAAGGGCUCAGCUCCCGUUCCACGUGUUCAGACUUCUUUGAAAUAACUAGAACAAGCAAAAGUAAGGAAGAUAAAAAACCAAGCCUCCGCAUGGCCAUGUGGCAUGGUGCCUAAUGGCCUGCAGUUCAGGGCUGCCCGUGUGAGAGAAGUGGACCUUAGAAGAGAAAAGCAGACACUGGACAGCGAGUGAAGAGUUUUUCACAGAACGCGUCCUCAGAGAGUGAGAGAGAGGGGACAGUAUGGAUAAAAAAGUAGCACAUAUUAAGCAAGAGGACUGUGAGUGGGGUGAACCAGAGAGUUUCUGUGAGAGGGUGGAGGACCAUGAAGGAAGAAUUUCAGCUUUUAAAGAGGAGGAGUGUCGGGAGGACCGUGAAGGAAGAAUUUCAGCUUUUAAACAGGAGGAGUGUUGGGAGGACCGUGAAGGAAGAAUUUCAGCUUUUAAAGAGGAGGAGUGUCGGGGUGGAACUCUUCAGGUUAAAGUUGAGGAUUCAGAAGAUGUUUUCGGUAGUCUGGAACUGCGACAGCCUAAAACUGAAAAUACGUUUGUGCAAGAUACUUGUGAGCCAUCUCCUUCUGGUUUACAGCCUUGCCUCACUACUAUGGUAGAGCCGGCUAUGCAGCAGAAUUCCUUGGAACUGAAAUCUGAGAAAUCGGAGUUUGAGGAGAAAAUAAGUGAAGGAAACGGGAGAGAAACCGAAAAGCAUCAGUCACCAUGGAGUGUGGAAAUAAAUUUCCAGGAGAAUGGCAGCUUCUCCCCACAUUCAUUUUCUCAGACAUCUAUUCAAUGUGAGCUGGAGCAGAACCAGGACAUGGAGACAAUGAAGAAAUCAAGAAGAGGAUCUAAGAAUUUGACCCCAGCCUCCUUCCAGUGCAGUUCUCUUCCUGCUGCCAAAUUAACAAGGAUAGACGCCAUCGACAGUGUUCAACAAACAGUGUGUAAUACUGGCCAAGAGGCAUUAUAUGCCAUCCAAGAGUGUAGAGAAAAACUUUUAAAAACCAAUCUGACUUUAAAGAUAAGUCAAUUCGUGCAACUCAUAACCAUAUGAGUGUCAUGCAUGUGGCAAACUAUUUCACUGAAAAACAGCCUACAGCGACAUAAAAAGAUUCACACUGGAGAAAAACCCCACUGCUGCCCAGACUGUGGCAAGCGAUUCCUCGAUAACAUAGCUCUUGAGCGGCACAGACGCAUACAUACUGGAGAGAAGCCAUUCAACUGUGUCAAGUGUGGCAAAAGAUAUUCUCGUGACAGCAGUCUUCACAAUCAUUUAAAAAUUCACAAAGGUGAAGAUGUUUAUUUUUGCUCUGAAUGUAGCAAAGGAUUCACACUGUUAAGUGAUUUUCAUAACCACUUGAGAAUUCACAGCGGAGGGGAAGCCUUAUUGUUGUACUGAAUGUGGCAAACAGUACAUACAAAAAGGCAGCCUAGAGAAUCACAUCAGAAUUCACACUGUAGAGAACCCUCACUGUUGUUCACAGUGUGGCAAACGAUUCUCAAAACUAAGCCGUCUGCAGAGACACACACGAAUUCACACAGGAGAAAAACCGUACAGCUGUUCGGGAAUGUGGGAAACAAUUCACUUGCAUGUGCAAUCUUUACAGCCACACACAAAUUCACACUGGGGAGAAGCCAUAUUGCUGUUCUGUAUGUGGUAAACGAUUUGCACGUAGUAACGGCCCUUCGGUACCACUCAGAUAUUCACAAGAGGAGAGAAAAGAGUCAAAUCUGAGGUUGAUGUGUGCAUGUGUGUGACAUAAAACUGUGCUGGGGUGCUGAGGUCAGCAGGGGGCUACUCUUUGAAACAUGGGUAUAAAAUUAAAACUUAAAACUUAUCCUAAUAAUUCUUGUUUGAAGAGUCUUAUUUCCAAAUUAAGGCUCAUUUAGUUCCAUGACCCCGAAGACCAAUCAGCGAGAAUAUCAAUCAGCCUGGGCCUCUGACUUUCAGCUUUUCCAAGGUCUGUCCAUGGAUUGUGUAGAGCUUCAGAUAGCCAUGGUCUUUCACAUGCUAGCUUAGUGGAGAGAGAACAAACAGUACCAAGACAGGAGUAGGCAUAGGGUGUCAGUGGCCGCAUUGGUGU